CAAAGGCCGUCGGCCGCCGGGGCUCCACCCUCGCGCUCCCGAAAAGCUUCACAAAGGAUUUGCCGACGUUCGGGAAUUCCGCCUCCAGUUCCUUUUAUAGCGCCACUCGUGCGCUGGCAGCUCUCCAGGAUCCCGCCCAUCCGGUUACUUUGACAACACAAAGGACUUCACGGAACUCACAAGCUCCGCCCACUUUUCCAAAUAAGGGCAGUCUCUCCAUGUACGGCAAACAAUCGGUGCGAGAUUGCCCUUUUCUCUUCCUUAUCCCGUUUAUAUGAUCGGAGAGGAACUGCGCUUCAGGUUGGAAGCGGUGCGAACAUGGCCGAGCGAGUCCAGCAGCCCCCAGCCAAGAGGCUCUGCUGCCGGCCCGGCUACAACCCGGCGUGCAGGCAGGGGCAGCGGGCUGGAGGUGUCCUGUGUGGCGGCGCGGGGUCCGCUCCGGGAGGGUCGGGAAAUGGGAAAACGCACAACCCCGAGUCGUUGCUCGAUAUCGCGGCUCGCAGAGUCGCGGAGAAGUGGCCGUUCCAGAGGGUGGAGGAGCGGUUCGAAAGGAUCCCGGAGCCCGUCCAGCGGAGGAUCGUAUAUUGGUCUUUCCCGAGAAGCGAGAAGGAAAUCUGUAUGUAUUCCUCUUUCAACGCUGGAGGAGAGGAAAGUGGAACUAGCGGGGACAAUAAUGACGAGACCCAGCUGCCUUUCCUACGGGGUGUCACUCUGUUGGAGGGUGGCUGGGUGGACAACGUAUUGCAAGUCGGCUUCCACCUGAGCGGCACAGUGACGGACCCCGCCACCCCCUCGUCACCGGAGCUCGUUUGCAGCGUCAGCGUGAGCUUUGAUCGUUGCAAGAUCACGGCGGUAACGUGCACUUGUGGAAACAAGGACAUCUUCUAUUGCGCCCAUGUAGUGGCGCUGUCGCUUUACAGAGUACGGAAACCGGAACAGGUCAAGCUGCACCUGCCCAUCUCGGAAACCCUCUUCCAGAUGAGCAGAGACCAGCUGCAGAAGUUCGUCCAGUAUCUGAUAUCAGUCCACCACACUGAGGUUCUGCCUACUGCGCAGAAACUGGCAGACGAGAUUCUGUCACAGAACUCUGAGAUCAAUCAGGUCCACGGGGCCCCGGACCCCACAGCGGGAGCUAGUGUGGAUGAUGAGAACUGCUGGCACCUGGAUGAGGAGCAGGUUCAGGAGCAGGUCAAGCUCUUCCUGUCCCAGGGAGGAUACCACGGCUCGGGCAAGCAGCUCAACCUGCUCUUCAGCAAGGUGAGGGAGAUGCUGAAGAUGCGUGACUCCAACGGAGCGAGGAUGUUAACACUGAUCACAGAACAGUUCAUGGCAGACCCUCGGCUGGCGCUGUGGAGACAGCAGGGCACCACCAUGACCGACAAGUACAGACAGCUCUGGGAUGAGCUGGGUGCCCUGUGGAUGUGCAUCGUACUGAACCCCCACUGUAAACCGGAGCAGAAGUCAUCAUGGCUGCGCCAGCUGCGCAGAUGGAACAGUGUGGACGUUUGCCCCUGGGAGGACGGUAACCACGGCAACGAGCUGCCCAACCUCACCCACUCACUGCCUCAGGGCGCCCAUGGCAACCAAGAGAUGCGCCCCCACAGGACUGUGUUCACACGGGCCAUCGAGGCCUGCGACCUGCACUGGCAGGACCGACACCUCCAGCACAUCAUUGCCAGUGACCUCUACGCCAACUACUGUUACCAUGACAACCAGGAGGGUUCUCUCUUCGACUCACGUGGUUGGCCCUUAUGGCACGAGCAUGUCCCAACAGCCUGCGCCAGGGUGGACGCCCUGCGUUCCCACGGUUACCCGAGAGAAGCCCUCCGUCUGGCCAUCGCCGUGGUCAAUACGUUACGAAGGCAACAGCAGAGGCAACUGGAGCACUUUCGUAGGCACAAGAAAGAGUUGCUCCAUAAAGGCCACACUUCCAUAACCAACAUGGAGGGCUGGGUGGGGCAUCCCCUGGAUCCCAUUGGCACCCUGUUCAGCACCCUAACAGAGUCAGGACGAGUGGGCGAGGAGGGCUCUAACACCUGCUUAGACCUCUCAGAUUGCUCCAGCGUCGUAAGCCGAGCGGACCUCCAGCGGAUGCCCGUGCAACGAUUGCUGGGGGACGGCGAAUCGUACGUGGCGCUGGCCGUGGAGACCGCUCUGAUCGGCCUAGGCCAGCAGCGGGUGAUGCCCGAUGGGCUGUAUGCUCAAGAAAAGGUGUGUCGCAAUGAAGAGCAGCUCUUGGCCAAGCUGCAGGAAGUGGAACUGGACGACUCCCUGGUCAAAAUCUUCCGUAAACAGGCCGUCUUCUUGCUGGAGGCUGGUCCGUACUCUGGCCUCGGAGAGAUCGUCCACAGAGAAAGUGUCCCCAUGCACACCUUCGCCCGCUAUCUCUUCACCUCUCUCCUACCUCACGACGCUGAACUGGCGUACAAAAUUGCACUGAGAGCCAUGCGGUUGCCGGUGUUGGAGUCGACGGCAUCAUCCGGUGACCUGUCGCGACCUCACCACAUCGUGUCCGUAGUGCCCAACCGCUACCCGCGCUGGUUCACCCUGAGCCACAUAGAGUCCCAGCAGUGUGAGCUGGCCUCUACCAUGCUCACUGCUGCCAAAGGCGACAGUCGCAGGCUGGAGACGGUCCUGGAGUCCAUCCAGAAAAACAUUCACUCCUCGUCUCACAUCUUCAAACUGGCGCAGGACGCGUUUAAGAUUGCCACGCUCAUGGACAGCCUGCCUGAUAUAACACUUCUCAAAGUCUCUCUGGAGUUAGGACUGCAGGUGAUGAGAAUAACUCUGUCCACAUUAAACUGGAGGAGGAGAGAGAUGGUUCGCUGGUUAGUCACAUGCGCCACUGAAGUUGGUGUGUACGCACUGGAUAGCAUCAUGCAGAGCUGGUUCACCCUCUUCACCCCCACGGAAGCCACCAGUAUCGUGGCCACCACUGUCAUGUCCAACAGCACUAUCGUCCGCCUGCACCUGGACUGCCACCAGCAGGAGAACCUGGCUUCAUCUGCUCGCACCCUCGCCCUACAGUGUGCCAUGAAGGACCCCCAGAACUGCGCCCUCUCCGCUCUCACGCUCUGCGAAAAGGACCACAUUGCCUUUGAGACAGCCUACCAGAUUGUACUGGACGCGGCGGCGACAGGAAUGAGCUACACGCAGCUGUUCACUAUUGCGCGCUACAUGGAACACCGUGGGUAUCCAAUGAGAGCGUACAAGCUGGCGACGUUAGCGAUGGCCCACCUGAACCUCAGUUACAACCAGGACACGCACCCGGCCAUCAACGACGUGCUGUGGGCCUGCGCGCUCAGCCACUCGCUGGGGAAGAACGAGCUAGCGGCCGUAAUCCCCCUGGUGGUCAAGAGCGUCAAGUGCGCCACCGUGCUGUCUGACAUUUUGCGGCGGUGCACGCUGACCACGCCGGGCAUGGUGUCGGCGCUGCACAGCCGCAGGAAUUCUGGGAAGCUGAUGUCGCUGGACAAAGCGCCGCUCAGGCAGCUGCUGGACGCAACCAUUGGGGCCUACAUCAACACCACGCACUCACGGCUCACGCACAUCAGCCCGCGCCACUAUAGCGAGUUCAUCGAGUUCCUGGGGAAGGCCCGGGAGACUUUCAUGAUGGCUCACGACGGACACAUUCAGUUCACCCAAUUCAUAGACAACCUGAAACAGAUCUACAAGGGCAAAAAGAAACUAAUGAUGCUAGUGAGGGAGAGGUUCGGCUGAGGGCGAGGCCGAAGGGGAGGUGGUGAAAAAGCCCGCCCCUCCCCGCCCUCCUCCCACUCUAGUACUUUUCUAUUAACUUGAGUCUGCCUUUUGAACUUCUUUUUGGACUGAUUAAAAAUAGACAAGUAAAAAAAAGAGGGAUGCGACUUGUAGAAUGAAGCAAAAAAGAGAAAGGAAAAGAUGACAAAAAAAUCAACAGAGCCACACGCGGUAUUAUUGUUCUUGCUGUUGUUAUUGUCAUAAACAUUAUUACUAUUAUU